UGAGGAUGCCGAUGAGCAUGCUGAGAACGAUGAUCUCCGCGACCGACGUUGAGGCCUCAGAUCAGCCGGCCCUGAAGCGCGAGCGCUCGUGCACUCGACACCUCCAGCUGUGUGGACGGGCCGGAUCAACAUAUUCCCGCGGACGAUGGCGGCCAGACGCCGCGGUGAUGGUCGAGGCUCGCCCCCAUUGCGUGGAGCUGGGGGGAGGGGAAGAGGAGGAGGAGGAGGAGGAGGAGGAGGAGUUCACUCGCUCGCCCCAAUGCCCGCCCCGCAAGGGGGAAACACCAGCCCGGGCGCGAGCCGCAUAGCCCACCACCUCGGCCUCGGCCGCCCCGAGCGGAGCCCGCGCGGGGCGGCCGCCGGUUUGGCCGGCGGGGGGGAACACAAAUCCUACAGGGCGCGGCCCGCUGCCUCGCCCGGCGCGGCGGCGGCAGCCGGGGGCCUGCCGAAGCCGCGCGCGGCCGAGCCCGGGGGCGGCGCCGCGAGGCAGCGCGCGGCGUGCACACUGCCGCCGGCGGGAGGGCCGGCGGAGAAAAACGCGGCUCCGCGCGGGGCCGCGCGCGGGCGCCGGCCGAGGGAGCCGCGGGCGGCGCGGCGCGGAGCCUCGCGGGCCUCCUGCUGCUGAGUCUGGUCGUCGUCGUCGUGGUCGUCGUGGUCGU